CCCGAGCGGGCCGCCCCCGGCAGCGCAGUCCCCUGCCUCGCUCGCGGGCCUGGAGGCUGGUGGGCGGCGGGAGUUAGGGCUCCUCGCCCCCUCCGCGCGCCUCCGCAGCAGCCGGGUGUCCGGGCUCCCCGCGAUGGCCUCGGGCCGCCGCCGCACAGAGCCGCCGCGCGGACCCCCGGGCGUCCCUCUCUAGUGGGGCGCGGAUCCUCCUCGCGUCCGCCCCGGCCGGCGGGAUGGGGGGCGGCGGGUCGGCCCUGAGGGUCUGCGCCGACCACCGCGGGGGCAUCAACUGGCUGAGCCUGAGCCCCGACGGGCAGCGCCUGCUGACGGGCAGCGAGGACGGCACGGCCCGACUCUGGAGCACGGCGGACGGCCGGUGCUGCGCGCUCCUGCAAGGACACGAAAGCUACGUGACCUUCUGCCAGCUGGAGGACGAAGCCGCCUUCACGUGCAGCGCCGACCGCACCGUCCGGAGGUGGGACGUGCUGACCGGGCAGUGUCUGCAGGUGUACCGAGGACACGCGUCCAUUGUGAACAGGAUCCUGGUGGCCAACAACCAGCUCUUCAGCAGCUCCUAUGACCGGACCGCUCGCGUCUGGAGCGUGGACUCGGGGCAGAUGUCCCGGGAGUUCCGCGGCCACCGCAACUGCGUGCUGACGCUAGCCUACUCCGCGCCCGGGGACCUCCCCGGGGCUCCCCGCUCAGAGGAGGCCGCGGCCGGGGGCCUCCUGGUGACCGGCAGCACGGAUGGCACGGCCAAGGUGUGGCAGGUGGCCAGUGGCUGCUGCCACCAGACGCUGAGGGGCCACACGGGUGCGGUGCUGUGCCUGGUCCUGGACACGCCCGGCCACACGGCCUUCACGGGCAGCACCGAUGCCACCAUCCGCGCCUGGGACAUCCUGAGUGGGGAGCAGCUGCGGGUGUUCCGGGAGCACCGGGGCUCCGUCAUCUGUCUGGAGCUCGUGAACCGGCUGGUGUACUCGGGCAGCGCGGACAGGACCGCCAAGUGCUGGCUGGCAGACACCGGGGAGCAUGUGCGCACGUUCACGGCCCACAGACACAGCGUGAGCGCCCUCAAGUACCACGCGGGCACCUUGUUCACGGGCAGUGGGGACGCGUGCGCCCGCGCCUUCGACGCACAGUCGGGACAGCUGCAGAGGGUGUUCCGGGGCCAUGCCUUCGUCAUCAACUGCCUGCAGGUAGGUGCGGCCGCCACAGCCCUGUCGCCCCCAGGGGCGUCCCGGCGGGGCGGAGCGCAGGCUGAGUGGCCGCCCGCCCGCAGGUGCACGGCCAGGUGCUCUACACCGCCUCGCACGACGGCGCGCUGCGCCUGUGGGACCUGCGCCGGCUCUCGGGCCCACGCCCCGCGCCGCCCAAGCGCAGCCUCCCGCGCCUCUUCAGCAACAAGGUGGGCUGCGCCGCCGCGCCCCUGCCGCCCGCCUGACCGUGGGCUGCCGCCUUCUACCGACGGAGCACGGCGACAGCGGCCUUCUCCCUUGGCAUUCAGAGACUUUCCAAAGCCCUCUCCUGAGUGUUCCAGCCCGGCACCUUCCCCACCCCUCUUAAGCCUGUAGCCUGCUCAUCUUCCCCACCCCGUGCUGAGGGCACAGGCCUUGUCCCCUGGCUGAUCCUGGGCCUCCCCCACUCUCAGGGUCUCGGGGCUGACAGCCCAAGCUCCCCAAGCCCCAUAGGUUGGGCCUUUCCUGCUGAGAACAAGUGAGGACUUUUUACAAAAGCCACAGAGCCUGAUUAUUUUGGCAAAUCAUGUGUCGUGAGGACCUUCAUGAAGAACUGAAAUACACGUCCUUUAAAGUG